AUGAAGAACUCCAAUAGCUCGUUAAGCUUCUUACCUGCAUCAUUCAUUUUGGUUGGCAUCCCAGGGCUGGAGACAGAGCACAUUUGGAUAUCCAUCCCCUUCUGCCUGAUGUACCUGAUCAUCUUCCUUGGCAAUGGCAGCAUUCUCCACGUCAUCAGGAAAGACGCAGCUCUGCAUCAGCCCAUGUAUCUCUUUCUUGCCAUGCUGGCAGUGGCUGAGGUCGGUGUCUCAGUAUCUACCCUCCCCACUGUGCUAGGCAUGUUCCUUUUUGGGAAUUCUGAGAUUCAUUUUGAGGCAUGCCCUCCAGAUGUUCUCCAUCCACUCUUUCUCCAUCAUGGAAUCAGCUGUGUUGCUGGCCAUGUCUGUGGACCGCUUUGUGGCCAUCCACAGCCCUCUGCGCUACACAACUAUCCUGACACUGCCUCGCAUCUUUUGUACAGGAGUUAUCAUCGGGCUGAAAAGCAUCCUGCUCAUGACCCCUUUGCCCCUGCUCUUAAGGAGACUUCCCUUCUGUGGCCAUAAUGCCCUCUCUCACUCCUAUUGUCUCCACCCUAAUCUUAUCAUCUACCUUGUGGGGAUAUUUCUAUCAACAACAUCUAUGGGCUUUUCAUUGUGAUAUCCACUUUUGGAUUGGAUUCAUUGCUCAUCGUGGUCUCCUAUGGGCUCAUACUCCACACUGUACUGGGAAUUGCCACCGGAGAAGGGCGGAAGAAGGCACUCAACACAUGCGGGUCACAUGUCUGUGCUGUGCUUGCUUAUUACGUGCCUAUGAUUGGUUUGUCUAUGGUGCAUCGUUUUGGACGUCAUGUGUCUCCCCUGCUACAAAUUAUGAUGGCCAAUGCUUAUCUCUUCUUUCCACCUGUCAUUAACCCCAUUGUCUAUAGCAUUAAAACUAAGGAGAUUCGUCGUGGCAUUGCCCGAAUGCUAUCAGAGAAGAGAUCCAGAGUUUAG